AUGCCAGCCCCGCCGGCCAGCAGCGCAUUCCCUGGGGUCCACCCCGCCCCGUGCGUCUCCGAGCAGAGCCAGGCCAGCCAGCACUAUCGAGUAGUUAUCCAUUGUCUCUGGUUUGUCCGACUCGUCAACAACCACUGUGGGAGAAGCUCAGGCUCUUGGAUCUCACCCCUGUCUUCUCUGCAGGUUGUUUUGCAGAAGCUCCUUCUAUGCGUCAUCCUCUUCUACACUGUGUACUACGUGGUUCUCAGCACAGGCUGUGUGGUGCUCCAGGUGUAUGAACUCAGUGUCCUGGCACCGUUUGACUUCAAAACAUGCCCCUCAUGGCUCAACACAAGUUAUAAAGUUCUUUUAAUCUCAACAGAAGUCACCUACUUUGUUUGUGGAUUGCUUUUCGUUCUUAUUGUGGAAGAAUGGGUGUGGGAUUAUGCUAUUUCAGUAACUAUUCUCCAUGUUGCCAUCACUUCAACAGUUAUGUUGGAAUUCCCUUUGACAUCACAUUGCUGGGCAGCUUUAGGAUCCGGCUUAAUUUCAAUGAUAUGUGGAGGGCAGGCUUUAGCGUACUGUUUGUUCAGAGACAACUUUAUCUAUCCAGAGCUGGAUGAUUUUUAACAGAAAGGCUGAAUUAAUUUGCUUCAGAUUUUCUAUAUUAUCAUGUACAUUGUGUCAGAAUUAAAUUGUAUUUUUUGUUCGUACCUAUAUUCAAGGUU